AUGGAUGAAGAUAGCAGCAAUUCUUGGUUAAGGAGGACCAAAUUCUCCCACACAGUGUGUCAUCGGUUGGAUUAUUCCAGUUCCAGAUUAGGGUCUUUCAGCAUUCAGCCAAGGACACAGCACAGUUCCAGUCUGAAUUUAAGGCCAGGAGUAACUUUUGUUUCCAAGGCCUCCUCACAGGUUCAGAAGAAGCCCAUGAUGAGCAAGCAGAGAUCUUUGUCCCCUUUGCCUGAAACCUCUCUCUCUGAAUCCUUCAAGGAAGCUAGACAUGAGCAGAAGAGGUUCUCCACACCUGGUCCAAGGAGGAAAGAGCAUGAUAAGAGAAUCAUGGGGAAGUUACUGAGCAAGGAUUCUCAUGAGUCCAAUUCUAAAUCACCUUACAGCAAUCCAAUGACUAAAUCCCCUUACAGCAGUCCAAUGACCAAAUCCCCUUACAGCAGUCCAAUUAGGCACCUUGCUUCGAUGAAAGUAAGUGACAAAUCCAAGCAGCGCAAGGAUUCAGGAUGGACAAAGUAUUUUGACCAUGGAGGAGGAAAGGUUACUGCUGUGGAAACAGCUGAGGAAUGGAAUGUUGACCUCUCUAAGCUCCUUGUUGGUGUAAGGUUUGCUCAUGGGGCUCACAGUAGGCUUUACCAUGGCAUGUAUAAGGAUGAACCUGUGGCUGUAAAAAUUAUCAGGGUACCAGAUGAUGACGAAAAUGGAAUGUUGGCUGAUCGUUUAGAGAAACAAUUCAUUAGAGAAGUGACACUUUUAUCUCGUCUCCACCAUCAAAAUGUUCUGAAGUUCGUGGCAGCAUGCAGAAAACCACCUGUCUAUUGUGUUAUCACAGAGUAUCUAUCAGAAGGUUCCUUGAGGUCAUAUAUGCAUAAGUUGGAGAGAAAAGCUAUUCCUCUAGAGAAGCUAAUAGCUUUUGCUCUGGAUAUUGCUCGUGGAAUGGAAUAUAUACACUCUCAAGGUGUCAUUCACCGAGAUCUUAAACCGGAGAAUGUCCUUAUUAAUGAAGACUUUCACCUUAAAAUUGCUGAUUUUGGCAUUGCUUGUGAGGAAGAAUACUGUGAUUUAUUUGCUGAUGACCCUGGUACCUACCGCUGGAUGGCACCUGAGAUGAUCAAACGAAAAUCCUACGGGAGAAAGGUUGAUGUAUAUAGUUUCGGGCUUAUCUUAUGGGAAAUGGUGACUGGAACUAUACCAUAUGAGGAUAUGACUCCCAUCCAGGCUGCUUUUGCGGUAGUAAAUAAGAAUUCAAGGCCAGUUAUUCCUUCAGACUGUCCUGCUGCCAUGCGAGCACUAAUCGAGCAAUGUUGGUCUUUGAAUCCGGACAAGAGACCUGAGUUCUGGCAGGUUGUCAAGGUAUUAGAACAGUUUGAAUCUUCGAUUGCUCGUGAUGGAACCCUGACUCUGGUGCAAAACCCUUGUUGUCAAGAUCAUAAGAAGGGGCUUCUCCAUUGGAUUCAAAAGCUUGGUCCUGUGCAUCAAAACAAUGGCCCUGUGCCUAAACCCAAAUUUACAUGA